AUGGGCUUCGGCGCAACGAAGGAGUUGAGGCGGUUGCCGCCCGCAGAUGUGGAUACCUCCUUGGGAAGUCAGCCGCUGAAGCUCGAGGGUGCCUUGGUGAAGAACUUGGAGGGAACGCCCGUGCUGCGGAUGCCUGGAAAGUAUAAGUACAUAAAAGAGCCAGGGGCAGUCGUGAUGGAUGACUGCCAGGGAAUUGGCGGAGGUGGAGGCACUGCAGCAUCCGUUGGCGUGUUGAUUUUGUUCUGUGCGGCACGGACGGACAAGCUAACCGUCUCUUACCUUCAGAACUCCACCGGUGCGAUUUACGCCAAGUCCAUGACAGACAGGGAGCUCCUGGAGUCUAAAGAGGCCGCGGGCAUAUCUGUGUCGUGGGGCCAUUUUUUCAAGUCCCUUGCGUCCGACGUGUUGAAGAGUAAAGCCGUUGUGAAAUCUUCCAAGCUCAACACGAAGGAUGUCUGCUUUCAGAUAGUUAACAGCAAGGAGCCGAAUGUGAAGUACGAUUACGCGUGGGAGCUUGUGAUGGUCUCCGGUACUGGGCCCGCCGCGGAUCAGCGGGCGACGUUUGAGUAUUUUGUUGAACCCAUGACAUGCAUGCUGCAGGUCCGCCGGCGUGCUUCGGCGGAGACAACCCGAGGCAACACCAUGGAAAGAUUGGAGUGCGACUACGCUGUAAAAAUGGCACAUUUACGACAGUGCAAUGCGAAAGUAGAAGAAAUGCUGAAAACGGUGAAGCCACUGCGGGAAGAGGCUUCCAUUACAUCUGCGAAAACGAUGAAUUUGUCGCUUGAAGCAAAGUCCCUUGAGAGAAAACUCUACAUGCUAUGUAGUGGACAAGUUCAUAAACACCCACUCGAUAUACUCUAUGAGAGGGGCGGGGCGCAGUACUUCCGGCACGUUCAACAGGCUGAAGAUUAUUACCCCAUUGAAGAAAAGGUGGAUCAGGGGAUUUUGGCAUGCAUCCGGGCUGCGUUCCCUCUUGCCUCAGGCGUCACCCUCGACGGCAUUGGCUCUGUUUUAGAUCGCGCCGAGCUGCGGUCACAGCUCAGUGAUUCAUCCCAUCAGUUGGUGAGGGAAAUGUUUGACAUCUUUACUGGUGUGGAUAGAUGGGACUACGAUACCAUUCAGCUGGAGCUUCUCACGGGCGGUAGCGCCCUGUUCUUUACAACCUACAUGCUUCUUUACAAACUUGACCUUGUUGCGCACUUCCGGCUUGACGACGCCGUGCUGCAGCGGUUCCUUCUCGGCGUCCAGGCCGGGUAUCACCCCAACCCGUACCACAACUCCAUGCAUGCCGCUGAUGUGACACACAUUAAUUACUACAUCAUGAUGUUAGCUGGCCUGAAGGAAAAGUGCCAGUUAAGCAAGGAGGAGGUGCUAGCAGGCGUGCUUGCCGGAGCCGUCCACGACUUCGAUCAUCCCGGCCUGAACAAUAACUUUCAUACCAGGACGAAUGCCUACCUGAGCACGCUAUACAAUGAUCGAUCUAUCCUUGAAAACCAUCAUGUGGCUUGCGUUUUUGAACUCAUACUAAAUCCCACCUACAACGUGUUCGCUCCGCUCAGCAGGGAGCAAAUGCAGGUGGUGCGGGAAACAAUGAUAGAGAUGGUUUUGGCUACGGAUAUGGGAAAUCAUGGACGUAUUUUUAAGCGAUUUCAGCUACGCAUGACUGAGACCAACGAUUGGCACAGCUCCAAGGAAGAUGUUCGUUUAGCACUAUCCAUAAGCGUAAAAAUGGCUGACAUCUCCAACUGUGCCAGGCCAAACUACAUCUAUGCUGAAUGGGCACGUCUUAUUUCACGCGAGUUUUUUAAUCAGGGGGAUGCAGAAGCGGCGUGCGGACUCCCUAUCUCUCCAUUCAUGGACCGCACAAAGGAGGUGGUGGACUUCCCCAAGGGUCAAAUAUCUUUUAUGAUGUACAUUGUAGUGCCUAUGGUGGAGGCGCUCUCGGAGUUCCUUCCGUCACUCCGCUUUGCGCUGCAGCACUGCAGCGAAAAUAAAGAAGCGUGGCAGAAUUACCAGAAGGAGCAUAGUUGA